AUGGGACAGCAGCCUACGCCCGAGCAGAUCCAGCAGAUUCAACAGAGGAUUGCUGAAGAUGCCCAAAAGGCUGGCAUGUCGGUGCCUCAAUUUAUCGAGCACAUCAAGCAGCAGCAGAUGGCGCGCAUGCGCGCGAUGCAACAGGCCGCUGCGCAGCAGCAAGCGCAGCAGCAAGGAGGACAUGAGGGCCAUAACCAUCCUCACCCGCACCCUCACCCUCACCCUCACCCUCACCCUCAGCAGGGCCAGCCUCAACAGGGACAGCCUCAGCCCAUCACCCCUGGCCCGCCGAAUCCAAAGGGACUGGCCGUUGCCAAGUUCUUGCGCAGCCAGGACUUGAAGCCACGUACCUCGAUUCUGAACGGCGAGCGCAAAGACAUGUUCAAGGUCAAGCGUGCCCUGCGAGCGCUGCAGUCCCCUGCUUAUGAAAAGGCUCGAAAGAAGAAUCCUCUGCUGCCAGAAAUCACCGACCGGGCGUCUCUAGAGAACACCUUUAAGCUGCUGCCCCUCAGCAUGCUUGCGCUGCGAGUUUCCAAGCUCGAGCCACAGCCCGGCCCCAACGGCAAGAAGCCCAAGCGUGUCAAGGGCCAGUGGAAUGUCAGAAUAGAGCAGCAGCAGGAGGCCAAGGAGGAAAUGUACUACGUAUGGCUUUGGGAAGGUAGCCAGGUCAAGCGUCAGCUGUAUGCCGCCCUUGCCCUGGUCAUCAUCUUCAUCGUCGUGCUGUACCCUCUCUGGCCGCUGAAGCUGCGACAAGGUGUUUACUACUUGAGCUGGGGCAUGCUUGGUCUUCUUGGUCUCUUCUUCGCUAUGGCUAUUUUCCGUGUUAUCCUGUUCUGCAUCACAUACUUUGUCGUACCCCCUGGUCUCUGGCUGUACCCCAACCUCUGGGAGGACGUUUCUUUCAUGGACAGUUUCCGACCAGUUUGGGCUUGGCAUGAGACCGAGAAGCCGAAGAAGAAGAAGAAGUCAAAGUCUGUUGCGACUAACUCUGUUAUGGCUGCGGCUACUGGACAAAUCGCACCGACUACUGCAACGACAACAGGCACCGACACACAGGUCGACGUCGCUCCCCAGCAGCAAAAGGCCUAUGAGGCCCCCAAGGUGGAGGAGUUGGCAGACGAUGAAUGA